CGUAAUAUCGCUCAAAUGUGACCGACGGGACCGAGUACGCACACGACUCAAAGCGUGUCGUUAAUGCUGGACUCUGGGGACUCAUGAAUGAAUGCGGGAAAGAUAAGAUGGCGAAGGUCGGGGAAAGAUUCGAAUCCGAGAACGAAAGCGAACGGCACCCACAGAGGAGUAGAGAUUAUCGAACGGACUUAGAGGUGGACCGGCGUGGACCGUCCGGUCAACAGUCAAUACGUCCGCGUUUGCACCCUGAACUAUCUUCUUUGACCACAGCGGCAGUCGUGGAGACUAACGCCGCGUGGCUCGUGGGGUGCGGUUUGGUGUGAGCGAGCCAGGGGCCGACUCUCUUGUGGACCUUUUUCUUCUCCGUCACACAUUAAAUCCUUCUCUGCGACGGAGGCGGGGGGUGGUGCGCAAUUUGGCUCCGAUUCACCCCCAGAAUUCCCUCUAAUAGAGGCCUUCAUUGCAACAGACGACCGAUGUGAGAACGAAGGAGGAAGAGAGAAAGAUUCACAUGUUCUUUGAAGGCACUUUCUGUCAUGUCAGAGUCGCAGACGGGGGAAUGAGAUUAUGAGUCAUAAAUUUGCACUGAAAUUCCCCAGUAGUACAGAGUACUGUCCACUUCUUCUCUACUAGUAUGCCUGUGCAGGGUAUAUAUGAUUCGUCAUUGUGUCUAAUACUGUACUGCAAUUGAUGAAUGGAUUACUGACGGAUUAUGUGAAGUCGGAUCCUUUCCCAAACUUGAUCGAAGUCGGGGUUGUGUGACAAAGCCAAGGGCCCAGGGUCGAAGUAGAAAAAUCAUGGUUUCUCCAUCAGCCCCUGUCACGUAAAAAUUUGGAAUCUAGGGUUCUUUCUUCAGCGAAGACAUAUACUCGGGAGGAUAAUCACCACACUAAGAGACGGACUACGGCACAGUACAUGUAGAGUUCUGUAUCAUCUACGAUGGCCAGCCACGAGAGCGAAAGGGCUGGAGAACCAAGUGCAUACUAUAUUCGUACAUUGUGAAAUAAUAAUGAUGAUGUGUAAAUGUAUCUUUCUUGAAUAAAUGGGAG